GCUUAGGGAUUUUUCGAUCCUCCUCUCUCCAUGGCCGACGUUACUACGUCCACCACCACAGCGGUCACGAUGCCUGUCAACCCGAUGCAGCCGCCGCCUGUCUCCACUUUAUCUUCGGCCUCAAUGACGUUCACCGGUCAUUCCCAACAGGCGUCCGACUCCAGCAGCCAUAUCAAUCGAUUGCUGCCCCUUUUCUCGUAGAUGGUGCUGCCUCCCAUCAGCGUUGCGUAGAUUCGUUCUCCACUAGCAGCCUCAUUGUCGCAGCAUAUCAGUGCCAUUCCUCCACUAGACUCCUACAGACUAUUCAAUAUGCUCGAGCCUUCUCUUGGAUGCCAACCUCGUCUACAGUUCCGCCGACUAUUGCUCCAGUUCUUCCUGAAAUUGGUGGACCCUCGACUGCCUUCUCCGGUCUGACCUUCUCCAGCCAGCCAGGGGUUGCGCCACUGUCGCAGGUUCUGCCAUCUUCUCUUCAAGGUUUUGGAAAUACUCCAAGUUUUUUAUCUUCUCUGGCAUCUCAACUAGCCUUUUCUACUCCUAAUGUGAAUAAUAUUGUUACUACAAGAUUAUCGGCUGUUGAGGAUUAUUUGUCAUGACGGACCCAUUGCGGUAACGCCACCUACUGUGUCUCACAGUAUCUCACAGUCUUUUAGGGAUACUAGAUGGGUCCAUUGCGGUACUGCCACCUACUGUUUCUGAUUUAGCUAGAUGGGAGACACCUAAUCCCGAUUACCACCACUGGUUAAAAAUUGAUCAAACUUUGAGGUCCUUGCUUUUUGCUACUCUUACCUGGGAUGUUUUAAUGGCGGUUUAUGACUUGAAGUUUUCACAUCUUAUUUGUGAUAGACUUUAGAACCGUUUCAUGUCUGCUUGUUUUUACCGAUCCAUAGAACUUAAACGCUUAUUGUCUCAUGUGAAAAAGGAAUCCCAGACCAUGGAUCAAUAUUUGUUAGAAAUUAAGCUUAUGGCAGAUGCACUGGCGGCUAUUAAUUCUCAUGGAAUGCGACCCUUGAAACCUUGAGGCCUAUGCAACAAGCACAAGAGCAAUGAAAUGCUCUUCUCUGGACACAGGAGUCACCUAGGUGUUUGCCGCUACUCAUUCUGGCGCACAAGCUCCUCCGAGCCGGGGUGGGUGCUCGUGGGGGUGGUCCUCCUCACGGUGCCGGUGUGCAAGGAAAUCGUGGAGGUAGACCUCACAGCGGUCGAAGUCAUGGAGGCUGGGGCUAUUAUUCUCCUCCUCCACCUCCUCCUCCUCCUCUUCUUUCUUUCCUUCUCUCCUUUUCAUACUUUAUCUUCACCAUCUUCAUCACCUUUAUUCUUGUCUAUGCACUGGGAAAAUAAAAAUGUUUGAGAGUUUGAAGAAUCGCCGAAGAGUUGAACGGGC